ACGUGCAAGGUUCCUCGCAAUAAAACAAGUCUGAAGUGUCAACUAAAACAGCUAUAGCAUUUAGAAUGAAGAGAGUAAUGGUGAGGUGUGGCAACAUCGGCCUUUUGUUGUACAAACAUGAACAAAAUAAUGGCUAUCAUUUCAAUUUCAUUAGACUGUGUAGGUUUUUUGCGGCUAUGCUGAAUAGUUCUGCGUAUUGUUUGGUAUAUCUAACACCAUUGUGGGGGGGUUUGUGAAAUGAAACCCAUGAAGAUUGCUAGUCCACUGCUGCACUAAUGUGGCUACUCAAAUCUAUCCCCUGUUUAUUUUAUAGCUCUGUUUUUUUUAAAUGUUGCAAAUCAAGUCACUGGUCAAAACUUAUAACUGUUGCAGGGGCGGCCCUAGACUAACUGACAGGCGCUCUCGGCGAAACAUGCAAUCGGCGCCCCCACCCCCAAACCCCAAGGGCAGAUCUAGGCUGAGGUUUUUGGUAAACUGGUAAACAUUUUGCCCCUAUUUUCAGUUUCAUGUUUUUAAGCGUAUAUUUUGAAAUAGAGGCAUAAUUAUUCGGUUUGUCCGUCUGUUCAACCAAUACAUUCUCAGAAAUGUUGAGAAAUUAAUUAUAAUAUCCCCUCUGUACCCGCACGGGAAUUCAAAAAAUGGCAUUCGUUAUUUUAUUUGUAAUUUUUACUCGAAUUUGACGCCCUUCUUAACUUGGUGCCAUAGGCGACCACCUAGUUCGCCUAUGCGAACAUGCCGCCCCUGUACUGUGCCAUUCUGGGGUGGAGCAAUUCAAUAUAAAGUAGUCAGGUUGAUUGAUGAUCCAGCACUCACUAAUACACUGCACUCACCAGUGGUCAGUCACCUCCUUAUCACUCUUUUAUCACUACUGCCAUGGUUACUGUUCCCGUGAACUUCACUCAUUAAUAUCUCCUCCCAUGUUGAAUACUCGGUCUACGAGAUUGGCUGUUUUAUUUAAUCCAUAUAUUGUGUUCAAUCACCAUCCUGGAGGUCAUACCACUGCAUUUUUCCUCGCACUACUCAUCUGCGGAAUUUCCUGCUGUUGUCUCUUUUCCGAAGCUCUUAUCAACUUACUGAAACCAAGAAAUGUAUUCAUGCUCGUCAAUAGCAACACUGAUAGUGCUGUUUGUUGCAGGCCGCAGCAUUUUGUUCCUUUGGACCUAUUGUCAGCAAUUUGUAAAAAAACGAUUUGUCCCCACAGGCAGGAUCCUGUUCUGAAGAAGAUCCUGGUGGCUCAUCCCAACUCGCCACUCUCCUACCCGACCCAGGGACUGCAAGUGCCGCCAACAAAGACCAUCCUUAUACCGGGUUUAAGUUUGUAUGCAGAUAAAAGAGACAUAUACACGGUGACGCUGUCCGCGAAGCUGGGGGUGCUGGACACGGUGGCGGAGGUGGGAGAGGUGACAUUAGAGGGGCUGGGCGAGUCGCGCCUCUCCCUGAGCAGCCCCCACCUGGAGAACCUUAACCUGCAGCUGCGCACGGUCACGUACACCAACACGGUGUAUCAGCCGGGCACCUCCGAGAUGGUGCAGUUGGAGAGCGGGAAACACAGAGCUGACAUACCGAUCGUUGUAGCACACCAGACCUUGCCCAGGCUCUACGACCCAGGUUCUGAUGGUAAAAUCAGCAAUCUGGUGACGGUGGUGACCAAGACAUUCUUGCGUUAUGACAAGCUGAAGGGGCUCAUCGCCAGCAUCCGGAAAUUCUACCCAGACAUCACCAUCAUCGUGGCGGACGACUCUGAGCACAUCGAGAUGCUCCACGAGCCAGGCGUGGAGCAGUACAUUAUGCCUUAUGGGAAGGGCUGGUUUGCUGGCAGGAACCUCGCCAUCUCCCAGGUGAUGACCAAGUACCUGCUGUGGGUGGAUGACGACUUCCUCUUCUCGGAGAAUACGAAGCUGGAACGCAUGGUGGAGGUGCUGGAGAAGAGUUCCCUGGAUGUGGUGGGUGGCGUUGUGAGCCAGAACGCCUUUCAGCACGUGUUCAAGGUGGUGCCUGGAGACUCGGAUGGAGACUGCUUGCACCGCACGAUGAGCACUUACCGUCGACUGGACGGCUUCCCGACCUGUUCCCUGGUAGACAUGGUGGUGAACUUCUUCCUGGCACGCACCGAGAACAUGCGCAGCGUCAGUUUCGAUCCCCAGUUUAGUCGCAUCGGUCACCCCGAGUUUUUUAUCGAUGGCCUGGGGAAGCUGAGAGUGGGGACGUGCAGGGACAUCUCCAUCGACCACGCCCCCAAGAAGGGAAACAUGGCACAGUACAACAGAUACCGCCACGCCAAGGAAGCUCGCAGUCGUACGAUGCGAGCCCUCUUCUUUAAGAAUCACCUUAUGUGUUACAGAACCUAACACAUGCCUUCUGAUGAUGGUCACAAGGAAUGGCAUGACAAUUUAGAGCAACAUGGAGAUUGAUUUAAAGGAAAUAUUGUUCUGUUGAUUAUGAUGCUGAAUUACAAAAUUAGUUUACUUAUAUUACGAGAUCAUACAACAUUGUUUAGAACUCCUGUCAUUUGUGAUUGUACACUGUUGAUAAGUUAUUUGGCACAUCUUGAGUAAUUUAGAAAAUGUACACAAUGUUUCGUAGCUAUUGUGGAUAUACAUUUUAUACAAGUUUAACAAAGUUGAAUAUAACUAUUGCAUAGUUUUCAAGCACUGUAUUACAUAAUUCAGUUUGUACUGAAAUGCAGUACGGUAAAUGUAUUGACUUGUGAGAUAAGCCUCCAGCUCAUCGCAAAUUGUACCACAAUUAUGCAUUGUUGAGUUAUUUUAAAUUUAUGCCACUAGCAGGUAUUUAUUACUUUAAUUGCGAAUUUGAAAUAAAAAAUGUAAUUGAGCCAUGUUUUACUUUUAAAUGUUACAGUAUUUUUGGAAUAAUGUGGGCGAAAGGGAAUACUUAUCAUUUGUUGUCUUAC